AUGAUGAUUGCAACUGGACAGAAUCGACUUGCCAAAGAUCUUCAAUGUCUUUUGAAAGAUCGAUCCCCGGCAUCGCUUGAUGGCCAGUCCAGCAAGUCGCAUUGCGACUUUGGCGUUCGCUGCACGAUUCGAGAGAAGACGAAGAGUCGUUUAUGUCUAGUGUUUUACUUUCCGUCUUCUUGGUUUGGAAAUACGACUUUUCGUCAGAAGACCGAGGAUGCUUUGGUAGACCUGCUGAAGGAGAAGCUUCCUCAAGCAAACAUCAGCGACGUCGUCAAGGAAAAACUGCAAAUUGACUUUUCCUUGGUGCCAACGGCUCCUACUCGUGAUCGCUCUGUCGGCGUGGUGUCUCGCAUGCGACUCUGGGCGCUCGGAAUGCCCAUCCUGUUGGGGUUUCAGAGUCUCCUGUCAAACGAUAGCAGUUGUGAAGACCAAACGGCGAUUUGUGUCCCAUUGCAAAUCCACAAAACACAUCCUGGGGCGACGAAUGGAUUCAGCAUGAUGGAAGUAACGAGCCAAAAAGUUACCAUUGCGUUCAAGGUGGAAUUCGAAGAUGAAAUCGAGAGAGCUUUGGCCCGAUUGUUGUUACAAGAACUCGCCCGCAACAAAGCAUUCAGCUCUCACUACUGCGAGUAUCGUAAACAGUGGAAAGCGGUCGAAGAGUCUAUGAAAAAGUGCGCAGGAAGCGAGAGUCCGACAAACACUGAAGAUAAAAGUAGUUCCGCGGGAAUCAUCGUCUUUUCGAUUUUUCCAAACCACGUAAAGCAGCUACGAGACAUCAACAGUGGCUGGAGCUGUUGCGAUAGCAAACUCGAGGAAUCAGCUUUUCGGUUCGUCAAUCUCAUGGUGAAUAUGGAUGCCUCCAUCAAACACUCAAAAACGUUCAUGCGGAGCCGAAUGCGCGAGAAGAAAAGGAUUUUGAUGAAGCCGCUUGCCUUGAAAGUCACGAAAAACACUGUGUGGGGGACGAUCACUGGCCGACAAGGGCUGCCUCGAUCACCCGGUCGCAGAGGCCUUGGGGUUGGCUCUCCCGGUCGUCGACCUACCUCUCCCGGCCUUCGUCAGGUCGCUGUUGCUAGUGGAUCAACUGAUACUACCAUGGCGUGCAAGACGUCUGAAAAGCAAGUCUUCAGCAGAGCCUGA